GUUAAAAAUUUGGAUCCGGGUUAUUGGAUCAUGGUAAACCAUAUACAAAUCCUAGAACUUCAAAAAGACCCUCCCUGCAACCUUAAUGAUCUUUAUUCUGCUCUACCCCACGGCCACGGCGUCGCUUUCAGAAAGCUACAACUGCUUAGAUUAAACCAGAUAAAUAAGAUGGGAAGGGAACUUGCAGAUCUCCCUAUGAAGCUUCUGAUGCCUUCCUCCUUUGACAACAUCAAAGAAAUUUCAUUCAAAACGAUUCCUUCUGUGUCAAAGGUUCAGAUCAAGAAGGUGUUGGAAUCAAUAUAUGGCUUUGAAGUUGAAAAAGUGAGGACGCUAAACAUGGAAGGUAAGAAGAAGAGGAGAGGCGGUCGUUUAGUUGCUAAACCAAAUUACAAGAAGGCUUGUGUGACAUUCAAGAAUCCAAUUUCCAUUGCUUCUGACCUGUACCCUGCCGAAGCAAUUGAAAAGAAGAGAAGAAGCUCAAGUAAGUAUUCAAAAUCUGGUUAUUUUCAAGAAGAUGAUGUGAAACUGAAGUCUGGUUCGCUUGACAAUGACAAGCAACAUAGAAACUUUUGUACCACUGGUACCUUUGGUCAACUAAACUCACCGAGUGGUAUGCAUUCUUCAAGAUAGUUAAUUUAUGAGUAAUAGUUUCUCUUCGGAGCCUAUAGCGAUUGCCAGUGUGUCUCAUCCUCAUAAUCUCAAUCAAAAUUGUAGAUGUUGUAGUCUUAAAUAGCCGCUUCUAUUGUUCAAAAGAAUAUAUAUAUAUAUAUAUAUUGAAUAUGGUAGUGGUAGACAGCAAUUAGGACCAAAUCAUUUACACUAUGUUCGGGAGGAGACGAAAGAAACCAAGGGAAACAAGGGAGGAUAAGGAUUGUCCUGUUCACUUUCUCUUCUCGUUUUUCACUUUGUUUUGGAUUGGAAGGAAAUUAAAUUAUUUUCACUUGUUUGAAAAGGAACAAAUUAUGAAGAAAAGAAAAUUAUUGUAAAAUUUA